AUGACGCAGAACCUUGUGCUUCGAUUAAAUAAACCCCUGUUUUAUAACGCAAAAGGAUUUAAUAGGAUCCUCAAUUUGGAAUGUAAACAGUGCAUGAAAUGUCAUUCCACAUUUAAAAGACUAUUCACUAUAGAGACAAUAAAGGUACCAAGACUAGGAGAUUCCAUCACAGAAGGUACCAUAAGCGAAUGGAAAAAGAAAGUUGGUGAUUAUGUUAAGCUAGAUGAAACCAUAACAAUUAUUGACACAGAUAAAGUAAGCGUCGAUAUAAACUCCAAAGCAAGCGGGGCUUUAUCGAAGAUAUAUGCAGACGCUGGAGACAUCGUUUUAGUUGAUUCACCCUUAUGUGAUAUAGAUACCUCAGUAGAAGCACCUGAACAUAUUUCAGAAGUGAGUGGGGAAACAUCGCAAGAAAAUGCGAUGAAAGCAAUUGAUGAAGCUGAAACUGAAACUGAAACUGAAAAAGGAAAUAAUGAAAAUGAUGACAACCAAAAAAGAUAUACUAAUACACAAGAAAGUGAAAGGAGUGAUAAUGAAGAAAAGAACUCAGGCACGCCAUACGAGUCUUUGAGCGAAAGAACGGAAACAAGAGUUCGGAUGUUACCAAUAAGAAAACGAAUUGCUCAAAGACUAAAAGAAUCACAGAAUACAUGCGCUUUAUUAACAACAUUCAAUGAAUGUGAUAUGAGCAAAGUUAUAGUGUUAAGAAAUGAGUUAAAAGAUAUCUUUCAAAAAAAAUAUGGGUGUAAAUUAGGAUUUGUAUCUUUAUUUAUGCAUGCAUCAACAUUAGCUUUAAAAAAAAUGCCACAAGUAAAUGCAUAUAUCGACAACGAUGAAAUUGUAUACAGAAAUUAUAUUGACAUUUCUGUAGCAGUAGCCACACCUAAUGGACUAACCGUUCCAAUUAUUCGAGAUUGUCAAAAUAAAAAAUUGUCAGAACUUGAGAUAUCCUUAUCUGAAUUAGCUACGAAGGCAAGAAAUAAUAAAUUGUCAUUAGAUGAUUUCACUGGUGGUACAUUUACCAUAUCGAAUGGAGGUGUUUUUGGUAGCAUGCUAAGUACACCAAUUGUCAACAUGCCUCAAUCAGCUAUACUAGGUAUGCACACAAUAAAAAAUAGAGCAGUAGUUGUCAACAAUGAAAUUGUUAUUAGACCUAUGAUGUAUUUAGCCCUAACUUAUGACCAUAGAUUAUUGGAUGGAAGAGAUGCUGUGCAAUUCUUAUGCGCAAUAAAGGAUUAUAUAGAAAACCCAAAUCUUAUUUUAAUUGAUUAA